CGCUCGGCGCUCGUUCUCCCCUGCCUGGCGGCGGAGCGACAGGCCGGGCAGGACGCGCAGCGGAGCGCCGAUCGCGGCGGCGGCGCGAUGAGCCUGGCGGAGGGCCGCGCCCCGCGGCGCACGGCCGGUAACCGGCUCUCGGGGCUGCUGGAGGCCGAGGAGGAGGAUGAGUUCUACCAGACCACCUACGGCGGCUUCACCGAGGAGUCGGGCGAUGACGAGUACAGGGGCGACCAGUCGGACAGCGACGACGAGGUGGACUCCGACUUCGACAUCGACGAGGGCGAGGAACCCGCCAGCGACCAGGACGAGAGCGAGCCCAAGCGCCGCCGCCGCGUCGUCACCAAGGCCUACCGGGAGCCCCUCAAGAGCCUUCGCCCCAAGAAGACGGACGUCCCCAGCGGCAGCUCCCAGAAGCCGCGAGAGGUGAAGUCCAUCCCCUUGGAGCUCCAGGAUGACAUGGGAGACAGCCGGAAGCACAUGCGGCAGUCGACGACGGAGCACACGCGGCAAACCUUCCUGCGCAUCCAGGAGCGGCAGGUCCAGUCCAAGCGUAAGAAGGGCGGCCCCAACUAUGACCGGCCUCUGACGCAGGAGGAGCUGCUGGAGGAGGCCAAGAUCACGGAGGAGAUCAACCUCCGCUCCCUGGAGAACUACGAGCGCCUGGAAGCCGACAAGAAGAAGCAGGUCCAGAAGAAGCGGAAGUGCGUGGGCCCCGUUAUCCGGUACUGGUCCGUCACCAUGCCCCUCGUCCCGGAGCCGGGCAAAGAGGAGAACGUGGACGUGGAGGGGUUGGACCAAGACCCGCAGCAGGCCGAAGCAGCUCCAGCCCCGGCUCCGGUCGCCGGGAAGUGCUCCCGCACCUUCAUCUCCUUCAGCGACGACGAAACCUUCGAGCGCUUCUUCCCCAAAGCGAAACCGCCGCGGCUGCCGGUGCGGGAGAUCUGCCCCGUCACCCACAAACCGGCCGUUUACCGUGACCCCAUCACCGACAUCCCCUACUCCAACAUCCGCGCCUUCAAAAUCAUCCGGGAGGCCUACAAGAAAUACAUCACGGCGCACGGGCUGCCCAGCGCCGCCGCCUCCGCUGCCCUGGGGGCCGCCGCUCCCCCCGGCCCCGACCCCAACAUCCGUCCCACCCGCCAGAAGAUCAUCAUCAAGCAGAGCGUCCCCACGACCUGAGCGCCGGGGGCUCGCGGCCGCUGCGGGUCGAGGCCUCUCCUUGCUCCGACCCCGGUGGGCGACGGUUCGUUGCUCUAUUUAUCUCCUUCCUACCUUUUUUUAUAUAAAAAAGAAAUAAAUCCGAGUAGCCUGCUUACAACAA